UUUAAAUAACAACCCUGAAGCCACCCCCCGGUAAAGUAAUAGAAGGCAAAAACAAGUCAGGGUUUAGGGUUUAUGGUUCGUUUUCAUUUCCCCCCGUCAGCCACACCCAAAAGCAGGUUUGUUUGCUCCACUGUAUCGGAUAAAGCUGACUAGAAAUGGCGCUCAGGCCCGGACUUGUGAGGCGAUUUCUAUCCACUUCAGUAUUCUCUUCAAAAUCCUCUGUUUCUGCUUCGGCCUUUGCUGCUAAUGCUAGUGAUAAGCCUACUGUUUCUCCUUCGACGACCCUAUUUGUUCACGGGCUUAACAAGAGAACCACAUCAGAGAAACUUCAGGAAGCUUUCUCUCAAUUUGGCGAAGUUGUUCACUGUAUGGAUUGUUUUUUUCUCGUCAUUUGGUAGUUUGUCGCAUCGACACUUCAUGGACGGCACUUUCUUAAG